UUAGUACAUUACUUGUACAGUCGUAUAAUCUGCAUUGCGACGUGCUGGCAAAUUGUCUUUUUUGCUGUAUAGCGCUGCAGUUACCAAUAUUUAUCCAAACACCGUGGUUGUUCACUGCACACAAUGCUGUGGGCGACGGUGGUUUCUAUCGUAAUCGUCUGCCUUGUCACGGGUUACGAUGCCCAGACCUCGGAUUCCAUGCGGUUGCCGGGUAACACCGAACCGCGGUCGUACGUGCUUAGGGUAGAACCGAACCUGGAAACAGAAAACGCCACGUUCUCUGGCAGUGUGGAUAUCACGAUCGAAGUGAUGACCACCACUUCUACGAUCACGUUGAACUCUAAGGACUUAGUGCUGCACGAAAUCAAGGUGACGGACGAAAACACCGACAGGGACAUCGGUGUAAGCUUUUGGAGUUACGCGGAAGACCGAGAACAGGUGGUGAUAUCGAUGGACGGACACGUAUUGGCCAACAGAAGAUACACGAUUCGCAUACGUUUUGAAGGAAUUCUCAGGGACGACGGUACGGGUUUUUUUAAAAGCGGUUAUGAAACCGAAGAGCAUGGAAAAAAGUGGAUAGCUGCUACUCAAUUUCAAACCAUACAGGCCAGAAGUACUUUCCCCUGUUACGAUGAACCAAAUUUUAGAACACCUUUCAAUAUAUCAAUAAAAGUUAAAGAAAAUGAAAUUGCUCUAUCAAAUAUGCCAGUUUUAAAUACCAUUUACGUAGACGAAGUGCUCGCCAAUGGUUCGGUCGAAUACCAUAGCAAGAAAUGGGUUCACUUUGAGCAGACACCGAGCAUGUCCACGUGUUCUGUCACGUUUUUCGCCGGUGAAUUUGAACAAUUCGACAAAACCCGCCUGAGCCCGAUCAACGUGUACUCUCACUUGGGCCGUUUGUAUCAAAUCGAGUACAUGACGAAAGCAGUGCCUGACAUUUUGAGGGCCAUGGAAAAUUACACGGGCAUACCAUACUCUAUGCCCGAACUGAACUUAUUGGCCAUGCCGAUACUAGGCUCAAGACAAGUCGAAAAUAGUUGGGGAUUAACCACUUACCGAGAGAAAACGCUUUUUGUCGACAUGAAAACGAGCUCCAAGGCAAUUAUGUCAGCGAAGACAGCGGUGGGACACGCCGUGGCGAACCAGUGGUUUGGCAAUUUAGUGACGCCUGCCCAAUGGGACUUUGCGUGGCUCAACAAAGGGCUUGCGACAUAUUUGGAAUACUUUGUUACCGCAACGGUGGAACCGGAAUGGCGACUUGAGCACUUUUUCAUCGUCGAACAGCAACGGCCGGCCCUGGAUCACGACAAAAAUCAAAAACGGCCUUUGACCACGCCAGCAAUCAUGCCAGGAGAUGUGGAUUAUUACACGGCCGACAGAAAGUCAGGACAGAAGGCCGCGGCGAUCAUGAUGAUGCUCAAGGAUUGGGUGGGUGAAGAAGCGUUCAAAAAAGCCAUUACUAUGUACUUGACUCACAAUCAGUAUAGCGCGGUGAACCCGGAAAAACUGUGGAACGCGUUCGACAAUGCGCUUUUCAAUCUGACAAAGUCCGGAUUGAACAGCAACAACGUUCGCACUGUGAUGAACACGUGGACAGAACAAGCCGGAUAUCCCUUAGUGAACGUCAUGAAAAAAGACAAAUCACUCGUGUUAACUCAACAACGCUUUUUAUCUGAUUUUACCGAGUCAAAUGACACAUCCAAGUGGUUUAUUCGUUUGAGUUACACAACGAAUAAAGAAAAAAAUUUCGACACCAAGUCCGCACCGACUGUUUGGCUGAAUCCGUCCGUAAACGAAACGGUUAUCCCAAUCGACGAUGACGUCGAAUGGUACAUAUUCAAUAUACAAUCAACAGGUUUCUACAGGGUAAACUACACGGAAGACAAUUGGUUGUCGUUGAUCAAACAGCUCAACGAUUCACCUAAAGAAGUACACGUUCUCAACAGAGCUCAGUUGAUUGACGAUUCGUUCAGUUUAGCAAAAGCGGGUCUGCUGAAUUACAGGAUACCAAUGGGCUUCACAGAGUAUUUGAAAAAGGAAGAUGACAUAAUACCGUGGUUCUCGGCCAUGGAUAGUUUAAACUAUGUUUUAAACCGUAUGAGACGUUUCAGAUAUGCGCUGAUCGAUGUCAAGGCCUAUGUCUCUAAUCUGGCCAGCAUUGCAUUCGAAAUGAUAAACGAACUCGUCGCUGGACAAAAGAGUCCACAGUACCCCACCAAUAUCGGCUGGAACACGUUGUCAACGUGGGCGUGUAAAUUGGACGAGUAUAUUAUGUAUCGGACGACCACGGCGGUUCCGGAAUACUUUCGGAGAUGGAAAAACGGCGAAGAAAUACCAGCUGAUAUUAAGGAUGCGGCGUUUUGUAUCGGAGCUCGACAAUACCAAGUCUCAGGAAGUCUGGACAAAUUUUUACACUUGUACAAUACCACCAAAACGUAUUCGGAAAGAGCGUCGGUGAUGAACGCGCUGCCUUGUGCUGACAUACAGACACUUUUGACGUAUUUGACAUUAAUAAUGGAGGACAAAUGCCCAAUUGAACCAAGUGAUUACGAGGACUUCUUCAAUGCACUGUCUUCGACGUCCAAUGGUAUAACUGCUAUGAAUUAUUUUCUUAGCAAAUAUUUCACAGACAUCGUCAAAAACGUAAAAGAUGGUAGACAUAUAGCUACGACUAUGUUCUCAAUCUUAGCUUCAAAGGUUUCCACCGAAAGUGAAAUCGAAAAUAUUAUGGAUAUGACGUUUAGAAGCAAUACUCCAGUUGAAUAUAGAGAUACACUUGUCCCGGUUUAUCGGAGCGAAAUCGAGGACAACGAAAAAUGGAAUGACAAUGGUAGCCCAGAAGCGAUUUGGGAGUACAUAAAUCCUCUGACGAAAGGAUCGCCACUGGAUCCAUCUCAGCAGUAUACGACUCCACGAAGCGCGUCGGAAGACGAUUCUAGUGCUUCAUCGAGAUCACAUGACUAUGCCAUUAUUUUGCAGAUUUUAGCACUGUCUGUGUCGGUUAAACUGCUUGUAAAUAUAAUCUACAGUAUUAUGAUGAAGUCAAAAGUCUUGUUAUUGACUUUCGUCUACUUCCUGACGGCAUUACGAAAUGGCAAAGGCUUGGUGGAACUCACCGAAAACACAAAUAACUCUAAUGACGGUCUAAGCGACGAGUACCGCUUACCGGACACCACGGAACCGGUAUCCUACGAGUUGCGGAUAACGCCCGCCAUCAGACAAAGCUCGUUCCAGGGUCAAGUCGACAUCGUUGUGAACGCGAAACAGUACACGUCCGAGGUGAUCCUAAACUCGAAGGAUUUGAUCGUUUCGUCCGUGUCCUGGUUUCAGGACUUGAAGACAAACCGGACCACGGCGAUAAAAGAAUACCUGUUCGAAGAGCGCAACGAACGGUUGAUCAUCAAACUCGAAAAAUCGAUUUUGCCGUCAAGGCUCUAUAAGUUUAGUAUCAAAUUCAGUGGAAUCGUAAGAGACGACUUUACCGGAUUUCAUAAAUAUUUCUACGACUCCGGAAAUAGCUCGAGGUGGAUAGCUUUGACACAGUUCAAACCAAUAUACGCCAGGCGAGUAUUUCCAUGUUACGAUGAACCGAAAUUCAAGACUCCGUACGCGAUAUCGAUCUCCAGACAAAGUCAUAAUUCAGCCUUGUCUAAUAUGCCACUUAAACGCAGUGAAUUCGAUCAGGAAAGCAAUCGGAUGUGGGAUCACUUUGAAACUACAAAGCCAAUACCUACGUAUUUGGUAGCUUUUAUGGUGUCGGAUUUCGACAAAAACUCUGUAAACGGUGAUAACAUCGCCAUGCAUACGCGCAAAGAGUACAUUGAAUACACGACGUACAUGAUGGGGAAAGCACCAAACUUACUCAAAGGUGUAGAAGACUUUACUCAAAUAUCCUAUAUGUUACCGAAGUUGGAUUUGGUCGGAGUUCCUCUGUUGAACGCCUACCGUAUGGAGAAUUGGGGACUAAAUUCUUACGAAGAGUUUUACGUAACUUUGUCGGACGACUCAGAAACGGAAGACAAACUACAGGGGUCCAUGACCAUAUUACACGAGAUCCUUCACCAGUGGUUCGGCAACAUGGUGACAGCUCCUUGGUGGGACAACGAGUGGUUAAAUGAGGGCAUGUGCAAUUACUUGAACUAUUACAUAACGAAUAUUAUCGAACCUGAAUGGAACACGGAGGAAUCUUUCGUAGAGAACGUGCACCAGUAUGCACUGUCCUGGGACGAGUAUGACGAUACUCACCCUUUGACGUUUGCAGUGUCGACCUCCGAUGACAUCGUGAAUGCCUUCGACCCAAUUACAUCCGACAAGAGCGCGGCGCUGUUUCGGACGUUGGAAUGCGUGGUGGGUGAGGAUUACUUCAGGAUUUCGGUGAACAAAUUUCUCAAUGAUUUUGCAUACAUGGUAGCGGGACCGGGAGACUUGUGGCAGACGUUCGAUCACGUGCUAUAUGACUACGACUAUGUUAUCGGCGAAGAUAUCACGAUCAAUAAGUAUAUGGAUUCGUGGACGAAACAACCUGGGUAUCCUCUGAUAACAGUGACGUCGACAAAAGAUGGGGUUUUCAGCGUAUCGCAGAAACGAUUUUCUUUGACGUAUCCGCCUCAAACGACCGACGACAUAAAAUGGCUUGUAGGCUUAACGUACACUACUGAGGAUGAAUUGGACUUUGAAGACCUCACGCCGAGCGUUUGGCUGAAGCCCACCGACGAGAAUACAAUAAUUUCAGUUCCCGAAAAUUCGGGAUGGAUAAUCAUUAACAUACAAUCGUCCGGGUUCUACCGAGUGCAUUACGACGAAAAAAAUUGGAAACUCUUGUUGAUCCAGUUGAUAACAAACCCCAACCGGAUACACGAACUCAACAGAGCUCAAAUCAUAGACGACGCGUUUCACCUGUGUCGAGCUGCACUGGUGCCGUACGAUUAUUACACUUCGCUGCUCGAGUACCUGUUGAUGGAAGACCACGUGACCCCCUGGAACACGGCGGUGACAGGAUUGUCGACGACCAUGGACGCGAUCCGACGAUAUCCCACUGAAUACUCAAUGUUCAAAGAAUACGGGAAGGGCCUGGCGGAUAUUUUGUACGACAAAUUAUCAAAAAAUCAGAUCAACAACAAUUCGACGAAAAUUGGUUGGAGCAAACUAUUGACGUGGACAUGUAACAUGGGCAGCUCGAGUUGCUCAAAAUAUGCGUCAGCGCACUUUGACGAGUGGAUGAACGGACAAGAGAUACCGUCGGAAAUGGAAGAAGCUGCGCUGUGCGUGGGCAUGAAAAAAGGCAACUUUGCAGCAUUGACGAAAAUUCACCAACUUUACAAAACGACGAGAUCACCGACGCAGAAAAAAAAAAUUCUCAGAGCCUUGGCCUGCGCUGAAAAUGUCCAAAAGCUGUUGAGUCACUUGGGUCUGAUGCAAUUAAACAUUGCGAACCCCGGAAACUUACAAAGCUUCAAAACAAUGUGCGAGAACGUCGUGACCACACCUUCAGGCGUGAAAGCCCUUGUCGGUUUCCUGUCAAGCAAACUGGACAAGAUUCAAUCGUCACCGAUCGGCGAUGACCUGCUCAAGUACACAGCUGUCGUGUACUCAGCGUUAGCACCCAAAGUGGCGACGGACGACGAAAUCACUGUUAUGGACAAGGUAAGGCGAUCUGUCAAAUCAGCUGACCUGAAAGCCGUGCUGGACGAAAUUUAUCAGAAAAUCGAAUCAAACUUGUCGUGGAUGGAAAGAGAUCAUAAAAAAAUCAUGAAAGCGAUCAUUAAAAUGUGAAAAAAAAUUGUAUUUUGGUUGCACCUACGUAUUGUACUAUUCUAAUUGUGUGUAGGUAACAAAUCUGUUACUAUUAUAUUUUUGUACAAAAAUAAACUUUUUUGACUUAUAUCGCUAUGCUGUAGCUGUUAACUAGUUUGUAUGGAUUAUCAAUAUAUAUUAUAAUAUUAUUAAAUGUUGCGUAUGCGCUUGUAUGCCAUUGAAAUAAAAUCUAUCAUUUUAGACUCAAA